AUGACUACAUCAAACAAAACAAAUAUUGCUACGCCUAAUGAACCAUCAAAUAUUUGGAAACCAGAAGAUCAUAUUCCACCCGAAUUAAAAGAGUCCUUUGGCCUAUUAUCCAAAUCCACUCCAGCAAAUUAUGUAAUCAACUUUUUACAUAUUAUCGAACAGUUAAAAAUUCAAAAAAGAACGGGAUGGUUAGAUCACAAUAUAAAUGAUUGUGAAUCGAUUGCAGAUCAUAUGUACAGAAUGGGUGUUACUUGCAUGUUACUGAAGACACCGGGCAUAAACAGAGAUGCAUGUGUGAGAAUUGCUUUGGUUCAUGAUAUGGCAGAAAGUUUGGUUGGAGAUAUCACUCCGCAUGAUUCCAUCAAAAAAGCUGAAAAGCAUCGUAGAGAAUUUGAUACUAUCAAGUACAUUACUGAAAAACUAGUUGAACCUUAUAAUAAAGAGGCUGCCAAGCAAAUAGAGGAAGAUUGGUUGGCCUAUGAAAACAUUUCUUCUCCGGAAGCUCGUUUUGUCAAGGAUAUAGAUAAAUUUGAGUUAUUGGUUCAAUGUUUUGCUUACGAGAAGAGAUAUGGUAAAACUGAUUUACAACAGUUUUGGGGUGCUGUGAAAAGUAUUAAAACUGAUGAGGUCAAAAGUUGGGCUCAAGAUUUGUUGAAACAACGUGAAGAAUUUUUUUCCAAACAAAAGUAG